CACAACCCUGCCAUUCAUUCCUUGUGUAACUCUGGAGGUUUGGUACUUGUUGGGCGUCUAUGAUGCGUUCAUGCUGUAAAGUCACCACUCUCUUCCUUCCUGUGGCUCCUUAGUCCGCCAGACUCAGCACUUGCGAGAAUAAUCUCCACCGGCCGUCCCUUGACCAUCGUGGCUCCUCCGCUCCGCGGUUCGACGAGGUCCCAAAACGCCUUCUCUCUCCUCCGUUACCUCUUCCCAAACACUCAUCGGCGCGCUCGCGAGAGAUAUUUGGGCUUCCGUCACGAAUAUAUCCCUCUGCUGCGUCAUCGGGCGCAGUCGAGCAUCUACCGAGCCAUUGUGCGCAGGCAGCAGAAGAAACGAGAAAGGAGAGAAGCGAGCCGAGAUCUUGUCUUUUUCUUACGGAGGGGGAUUGGAAAAAGCCGUGUUGCCUCAUUCCUGCGGCGGCGCACCGGGAAGAGCCGUAUUCUGAGGGCUAUAUAUGGAACAUCGCACCAUGCUGGUGGCCGACACAGUUGGAGGGGAACGAGAUCAACCUCAGCAACCGAUCAGAUGACAAGUUAUGGCGGCAAUCGGGUGCCGGGCGCGAGGAGGGAGAAGGUGAAGGGGUAUUUGAGGGCGGCCAAUGAGCUGAGGCAGACAUACCAGGCGCAGAUCCAGCAAAAGCUGCAGGAGAGUGUCGCCGAAGGGGGGACGUCGAGGGAUUGGCCCGAUGUGGAGAUUGUGAGAAGCGAGAAUGAGGAGAUGCUCCUGUUUCCUAGCUAUGCGAGAAAACAUACGAAGCGGAGCAGCCGAUACGACGACGCCGCUAGAUAUCCUCCCGGGACGCACGAGUCUGUGGAAACGCCGCAUAGCAGCGGGGACGCGGACUACUGGAAACGAGAGUGGGAAAAAUAUGAAGACGCGAAUGCUAUCGUCGACGUGGAUGUUCGGGGAUGGGUCUAUUCUCCUCAACAAGGGCCGCUGAAUAGGAAGAACCGGCUUCUUGUGGCGGUCGCCAGGCGACUCAGCGGCAUCUACGCUCCCACCUCCAGCCCUGCGACUUCGCGCCCGUCAAGCCAAGCUCCCUCCAAUCGCAUACAACAGGACGACAAUUCAUCCAGGUAUGAAGACGAAGUCGCCGCGAGAGAAGCAGAGAAUAUAACCCGUCGCGGACAGAGAGAGGCGGAUGCGGCGGUCAGAGGGACUUACAGUUCGACUCCUUCAAGAGGAGGGACUCCUAGCGGUAGUCGAUCGACCUCGCCAACGCGAUCAAUGACGACACCCGCAGAUUAUGAAGACGAAGAUCCCGGUCACCGAUCGAUGGCUAAGCGUCAAUCGUGGAAUGAACCAGCCAAUAUGAGCAGAGAAGAGUUGUCGGCCGCGAACGAAUUGCUGUUGGCACGGCUGAAACCUUUCAUGUCGAUGCCAACUGCGCAUGUGCCGAUUACGGUCUUCUUCUUCAACCAGUCCAAGUCGACUUCGAAGUCCGUGACCACGGAUGAGUCAGGCCACUUCAAUUUGCGAGCUGCCUUGGAUUUUGUCCCUGAUCAAGUCCGGGUCCUGGCCUCAGAUAAACUGUCUGCGGUGGAAGAUGUCAUUGUCACCGAGAACAAGGGCGUUAGUCUGGUCAGCGACAUUGACGAUACGAUCAAACAUUCCGGGAUCAGCAGUGGUGCGCGAGAGAUUUUCAAGAAUGCCUUCAUUCGAGAAUUGGGCGACUUGACCAUCAAAGGGGUCAAAGAGUGGUACACGAAGCUGGCUGCCAUGAGUGUUCAGCUCCACUACGUCUCGAAUUCUCCGUGGCAGAUGUAUCCACUGCUGCGCAGUUAUUUCUCGCUCGCCGGAUUGCCACCGGGCUCGUUCCACCUCAAGCAGUAUUCGGGAAUGUUGCAGGGGAUAUUCGAGCCCGCGGCAGAACGGAAGCGUGGUUCGCUGGAUCGAAUCAUGAAUGACUUUCCUGAGCGCAAAUUUAUCCUUGUUGGUGAUAGCGGAGAGGCCGACUUGGAGGUGUAUACCGACGUUGUGCUUGAGCACCCAGGACGAGUAUUGGGGGUUUUCAUCAGAGAUGUGACAACACCGGUCAAGAAGGGUUUCUUUGACCAAGCGAUAUCGAACACGCCGCCGGAUUCCAUGAUUGCAAGAGAUGGCGGGCGACUUAGUCGGUCUCCUGGAGACAUAAAGACUGAUGCUCCUGAGAACAGGCCCGCUUUACCUGAAAGACCAAAGUCGACGGUGGACCCAAAGCUUGCAGAAGGCGAUCUGAUUGAUUUCACAGACGACUCGGAAGCGAAAAAAGGCUCGCUAAAGCCUCCUACGCAUUUGAGCGACAUGCGCCAGCUCGACGCGAACGGCAAGCCCCAUGCCCCCAAUAAACCCAACAAACCCUCGAGCUUACGAAAUUUCUCAACAACCCAAUCAACACCGCCUGCGAACCAUGUGAGAUAUUCAGCGUCGUCAGAUACAGAGACUCAAGAGGCUGUGAAGAAGAAACCGCCACCACCACCACCUAAACCCCGUCGGAGUGGACGGACGCCGGACGCUAACACUGGGCAUGCCAUGAGCGAGCCGGCACCACAGCCUCUCUCGAGAGCGCCAUUCUCUUCUCCUCGCCAAAAUCAAAGUCAGCCUCAACUCUCCUCUGACCUAGCUAAACAUACGAGUUCGACCUCGAAUCCACCAACACUUACGCCAACGCUGUCACGCACGUCCACAUCCGCUAGUAGCGCCUCGCGAAAUGAUGAUGGCUAUGUGGCCGUUGCCCGUCGCCAGAUCUCUUCCGCAUACAACACUCUCCCAGCGAUUCGCUCAUCCUCGCCUUCUCGCUCUGCGACCACUUCAUCCGAUCAAGCCAGCACAUCCAGCGACAACCGCCAAAAUCCCCCACUGCCUGCACGGAGGGUGAUAUCUUCUUACCCUGCAGCCGCUGCACGAUGGGCCACGGGCUACGGAUACCCGGUCUCUGAUCCGCUCGCAACUGCCAGCGAUGGUAGCACCAUUCCACCAACUCCCGGUAACAAUGCACCAUACGACAAGAAGUUGGAGAUAUGGCGCAGACGGUGGGCGAGGGCAGAAGAGAUCAUGCGUGCGAGAGGGGUGGUGUUAAGGAAGUGGAGGGUCGGUGGGGAUGUCAUGGACGAGUGCGUCGCGUUGGUGAGCCGCGAGCUGGAACGGCAGGACAGACAUGGGCGAGAGCGGCACCACAACAGGUGACGACUGAUGGGAGACAGAAGAAGUUCUUGCUUUUGCUGUUUUGGGGGAAUACAUAUAAAAAGCCAGGCGUGCUCCUUUGAUGUUUCUUUUGUGUUGACGUUCGAUAUAAGGUCUCCAUCAUGAUAUAUGAGAGGCAGUUGUUUGUAUUCUUUCAUCUACUCUCCCAGGCUCGCAAAUAUACAAGCCGACCCUUUCCAGGUUCUCAAGCAGUUACUUCGGUCAGACGGUAUGUGCUCUACUGAGCCCGAAUGCCUCAAUGAAGACUUUGUCGUUCA